AUGUAUGUGGAAAAGGAGACGGAUUGGUUGAGCUCCAGGUGGACCAGUUUCAAAGGGCCGUCGCAGAUUAGUCGUAUUCGUCGUACCGGCAAUAAGAUGGACUUUGCGCAAGAUAGGAAUCCGACCCGGAACGGUUCCAGGUAUUGUCAAAUGGCCAAAAUCUUUAAGGCACGUCAGGAAAUGGCGAAGGUAUCGAAUGGGACACUGCCGAAGCCUUGGCGUUUGGUUUGCUCCUACGAGAAGGGAAUCAUGUGCAAUACGUUCAGUGCAGUACCUUUAGUCACCGUUACGCCGUCGUCAAAAAUCAGAAUACAAAUCCUCAAGGGUGGUCAGAAGCGCAACAAACGUCACAAUGUUUGGGACAAUAAUGUCCAAGGUUUCCAACGCGUGCGUGUCAAAGGAGUAGUUGACAAUCAACAAGCUGUCGACCGUGUUGGCGGAGGGUCUCCAAACAAGGGUAGCACCAUUACAGCGUUCCGCCGUCCGAAAGCGCGUUGUGUGGGGCCCACUCUGGAUGCAAUCCACAACGGCGAAAGGUACCUGCUUGAUCGACGCGUUGCGUCCCGUGGCGGUUUGCACCAAACAACGCAUGGAAGGGAUGAAGUGCGACGUGACAUCCAAAUGCCAACGGUCCAGAGUGACGGACAUAUGACGCACUUGCAAUGUACUUUGGCAGAAAAUAAUUUUCUAUACUAUAUUUGUCCAUCCAAGACGGCAAGGCCAACAAUUUCUAGCUUCGUAGUAGUUGUGUUUCUGACUUUUGUUGGUUGGAAAAUUAUUAAUUGUUUGCAUGAGUCAAUGCAUCCCCAAGUCCUCACCAUUGGAGGCAACUGA